AUGACUUCAGUACCCGGAAAAUCAGAGGCUUGGGUAGCCUCUAAUUUACCCCAGGUUUAUCGAGCGCCGGGGAAAGGGUUACUCGACACGAAUAUCGGUGAUAGGGGCCGCUCCAAGACGGCCUUGUGGGCAAAUCAAGUUCUCUCCGACUACACCCUGAAAAAGGCCCCCAUGCUUCUCAAUGAACAUGUAGACUUCGAAACGUUUGAAGCUUUGCUGAAGAGCGUGGACAUAGUUCCGCAGACACUUCGUAUUGCUACAAAGUAUAUUGAAAGCGAAGGCUCCACGGUAACAGCACUGCAUUCGCAACUGGUGCAUCCCAUUUGGCAGUUGAUGGAGCCCGAAAAAGUCGAGGACAAGAAAGUCCAUGCUGCGAACCAGUCCCUUACCUUUCGUCUUCGGGAGGCCGCAAGUACUAUGGCCUACAACACCUAUAUUCAGCUCCCUGCAGAGAACUGGAGUUCUGUUAAUCAGAGAGAUGUUGCCGGGGGCGUCCGCACAGAUCUCAUAUUCUCGGUCAUAUUCGAGAGGAAGAAUCAUGUGACUCGUGGGAUGAGGCAAAGGCAGGAUGCGGUGGCCAGAGAGAUGGUUUCGGAGAAACCUACCACCAGCAAAAGUAUGCUGACUGAAGCCCAUGAAGACAAAGAAAUUUGGGAGAUAGAGUUGAACUUACUCCCGUAUGAAGCGAAGAAAUUGGGACAGAUAGAUGCCGAAGCGCUGAUGCGGAUUGGUGCAGAGAAAGUGAAGCUUGGAGGAGUCAUUCCCACCAGAAAGUAUGGUGGACACGUGAAGGGGGUGCGGGCAUCUCUUCAGCAGAUGCUCCGUUAUGCGGUUCACUACGGUACCAGCUAUUCCGCUCUCGGUGACUACAGAAAUAACUUGCUAGUGCUCGUUCCGAGCACUUUGUACGAAGAUGCAAAGCGCUACACCAGGCAAGCACAGCCCAAGAAGCAAGAUGUUCAGAUCGAUGUUUCUGGCUCGCAAGAGACAGAGGCGGUCAAGCGAGGCGAGGAGGUUUCCUUUGAUGAAGAGGAAAGCAAACUGGAUCAAGAAGUUGUUGGGAACAGAAAGGAGCGCACUCAGCCGGUUAAGCAGCCUCUGGCCUCAGAUAAAGAGAUAUCCUGGAUGUAUGCGGAUGAUCAAGGUGCUCGCCGCCUGAUCCUGUUCGGUGCGUGGCUCUCUGUCAAGAACAUGGCCGAUAUGUGGGAAACCCUGGAGAGGGACUAUAACAAGAAGGCAAAAGAAGUGACCGAGAAGCAAAACAGGGCAUCCCAUACGCCGCAGGUGCUCACUCUUGAGCCGCAGGGGGGACAUGGAGGUACGGGGGGAAGUCGGGGAGCCGGCAAGUAG